AUAAUCAGAUAACAUAUACAGUAUAUAUAGAUGACCACUUUGGAUCUUCUGCUUCAUCUUCUCCUGGUCUCUUGUGUCUACCUUGGUCAGGUCUCCAGUGUCUACCUUGAUCCGCUGUGUUUAGAAUAUGAAAGCUCUGUUGGGUUUCGGUCUACUUUUUCUCCAUGCGGCUUUAGUGAUGCCGAGCGAUGCUCAAGGAAAAGAGAAGGGAGAACAAGUAUGUGAAGAUCUUCAAAAUAAAGUAAAAGAACUGCAAACAGCCUUUUUAUUUUUCAAAGGAAGAGCUAGAAGUGGUGACAAAAUUUACCUCUCAGAUGGUGGUCAAGGCAAUUUCACUGAUGCUAGAGACAGGUGUACAGAUGCGGGAGGUCAAAUUGCCACUCCAAAGAAUGCUGAUGAGAAUGAAGCCGUACGUUCCAUCACCACUGAUUACGAUGCCAUUGCUUUUCUUGGAAUAAAUAAACUUGAGACAGAUGGGACUUACAGAUGUCCAUCGGGUGAUGCGAUCUCCUACACCAACUGGAAAAAAAAUGCACCCAGUAAUAAACAAGUCACACCGGACUGUUUAGAGCUGCAAAAAACAGGAAAAUGGAAUGAAAUUGCUUGUCAAUUCAAACGUCUUAUCAUCUGUGAGUUUUCUAUCUAGCGGUUAAAUAAUUACUGCUUUUGUCAAUUUCAUUUGUUGGCAUGUUUUGGCUUUUGUGGUCUUAAAUAAGACCAUCAUUAAAAAAAAAAAUGUCAUCUUAUUUCAGCAGUUUAUCAAUCAUUGUAAAAAAACUGUCAAUAAAAAAAAGCACCUAACA